AUGUCAUUAACGCCAUCUCCAUCGUCCACACCUCAGGCCACUCCUUUGGCUACCUGGACCCCCCCGGCGGAGUCCUCGGAUCUUGAUUGUUGGAACGUCACAAAGUUCCCAAAUGGAAAAGACAAAGUCCAAGUUGUUCGGGGUAUUCCUUUCAGUGCCUCCGCCACAACUUCUUCCCCUGCCUCCACAGCCGCUUCCACUCCCGAUCAUGUUUCUCCCUCACGGUCAAACGAUACACACAUUCUUCAGCUCUUUUAUCCCAGAAACUCAAUAAACCCCGCUAACUUUCCCCAGGGUGGUGCUGAAUUCUACGCCAGCCCCCUUCCUGGGAUGCUGAAUGCCACAAAUGUUACCUUCGAGUAUAGCACCUUCUUUCCGAAUGACUUCCUAUGGAUGAAGGGUGGGAAACUCCCUGGAUUAUUCGGCGGCCAUACGGGAUGCAGUGGAGGGAAUGUUGCGGACACAUGCUUCAGCACAAGGAUCAUGUGGAGGGCGAACGGAAUGGGCGAGCUUUAUCUUUAUGUGGAUAAGUCUAAGCAACGACCAAACCUAUGCACUAGCACCCCUUACACUUCGGAGUGCAACCCCCAGUACGGGUUGUCCCUUGCUCGGGGAUCCUUCAACUUUACGCCUGGUGCAUGGACUCACCUGAAGCAGACAGUCCGACUUAACACUCCUGGGGUUCAGGAUGGCGGCUUCACGCUGGAUGCUAACGGUGUCCGUGUCUUGACAUUAGACGGAAUAUUUUAUCGAGGCCCAGAACCUGCUUUCGGUUUCUCUGGCAUAUUCUUUAGCACAUUCUUUGGUGGUCAUGACCCAUCGUGGGCUUCCCCUGUCGACCAAUAUGUGUGGUUCAAAGAUUUCAAACUUUCAGUGAAUGCUUAA